GGGUGUGUCUCUCAGCUGCUGGGGUCUGGUCGCUGCUCUCACUGCUAUGGUGGUCGAUGCUGGGUUUUGUCCACCAAACUGUAUCUGUGACAACAUCCACGGGGCAGUCAGCUGUAUCAGGAAACAACUAACUGAGAUUCCCAUCACCAUCCCUGAGGCGACCAAGAAGCUUGACGUCAGAGGGAACAACAUCAAAGUGAUUGAGAAUGGAGCUUUCUAUCCCAUCCCCUAUCUGACCCACCUGAACCUGCAGAAGUGCAAGCUCCAGCGACUAGCAGAAGGUGCCUUCCGUGGCCUGGGGAGACUGAUCUACCUGAAUGUGGGGUUCAACGACAUCGAGUUUAUCUACCAGGAGACCUUCGACGGCCUCUCAUCCCUCCAGCAGCUCAUAAUAGACAACAACAAGAUAGAGGAGAUAUCUCCAGGGUCCUUCACCCAGCUAGGGUUCCUUAACUUCCUGAACUUGGGUGAGAACAUGUUGGUCUAUCUGCCCAACAUGCUGUUCCAGGGCCUGUUGCAGAUCAGGUACAUCCGCCUUUCCAAAAACAUGGUCAACAAUAUCGCUGAUGAAGCCUUUGCUGGGCUCUGGACAUUGAAGAGGUUGAGUCUGGACGGUAAUGAGCUACAGUACUUUCCCAGUGAGGCGCUAUCUAGGAUGACGGAGGUGACCAGGCUGGAUCUGGGUGGGAACCCGAUGACCUACUUGGGGGAGGAGGCAGUUCGCAUGCGAUCGCUGAAACAUCUGUCCAUGGAGAACAUGUCUCUUCAAGACAUGUCCCUCUUAGCUUUCCAGUGGUGCCCCAAGCUGACAGUACUCGACCUCCAAUACAAUCAGCUGCGUUCCCUCCAGCCCUUGGUCGGAGUUGAAACCUUGAGGAAGGUUAACCUGACCGGCAAUCCCAUACAGUGUAAUUGCUUCAUGCGGCCUUUCAGGGAGUGGAUAUCUAACUAUACCAAUCUGAAGGCAGAGGUGUUCUGUAGGAACCCCGGCUUGUUCAGAGGCGAGAGGCUUGAUUCCCUACGUCCGGUCGACCUCAGAUGCGAUAGUCAACAGUCCUCAGACUAUGAGGAAGAGGAGAACCAGGAGCCGGAGGAGAGCAAGGUGAAGACUGGGGAAGAACACCUUCCCUGCCCAGAGCACUGCGACUGCAAGCACGACCUCCAGCAUUCCAGCUGCGAGGGCAAGUUGCUUCGCAAGAUCCCGAAGGGAUUCCCGAAGGAUUCCCAGCUCCUGGACAUGAGGCACAAUGAUUUCCAAGUGGUCCCCAGGAACGCCUUCAUGGAGACCAAGCACCUGGUCUCUCUUCACCUGCAGAGCUGCAGGAUCCACGAUGUUCAACCAGGAGCCUUCCGAGCCUUGGCCAAAUUGGUCUACCUUUACCUGUCGGGCAACGAGAUCUCAAGCCUCGAGCCUUCUGCCUUCGAAGGCCUUCCGCAGCUCACCUACCUGUACUUAGAUCUCAACAAGUUGACCUCCGUACCCAAGGGCUCCUUCAAGCUCCUCCCGAACCUCUUCGCCCUCCACUUGGAACACAACCCCAUCCCCCUAUUCACCGCGGAGAACGUGGAAGGAGCGGAGAACGUGCGGUGGCUGUAUCUGACCGGCACCAACCUCACCUACGUCGAACCCAAUGCCCUGGCUGCCGUCCAGGGGUUGCAGAAACUCUUCCUGGACGAGAACAAACUGAGCGAGGUGCCCACCGAGGCCCUGAGGGGACUGCAUGUUCUGGACGAGCUCAAGCUCUCCAGGAAUCCCAUCAGACAGAUCGGAAGCAAAGCCUUCCUCCCCGUGUCUGACUCUCUCCAACACCUGUGGUUGGACAAUAUGGGUGUGGAGGAGAUCUCCGACGGGGCCUUUGCUGGGCUGGGAGCAGGAUUGAAGAGUCUGCAUUUGGACCAUAACAAACUGAGCCACAUUCCAAACCUGAAGCAAUUCAGGAGCCUGGACACGAUCAAUCUAUCCAAUAAUCCAUUGAACUGUGACUGCCGACUGCUCCAUCUCCGCAGAUGGAUAGAAAGUUCUAACCUUAAGGUGACUGCCACGUGUGCCUUACCCAAAGACGCCGCUGGGCUGGAUGUGAAGUUCGCUCCCUUUAAGAACUGCAACGGGACACGUAAGGCAGUGCCUGCAGCGAACAAGAAGAAGAAGGUUCUUAAGAGAAAGAAAAGUAGGAGCAUGACAUAGACAAUACAGUAGAAACGACCCUAUGUAAUGGACUGUAUAUACCCCGGGCAAUCUGGCAACAGAAUGGGUGAACAAACAGAGAGAACAAGGGACAUCUUUGAUGUUUCUAAAUAGGAGGCUUGUUUAUCUCAACACCCCCCACUACCCACGCC